CGGGGCCAGGCUGAGGGGGCGGGCACGGAACUACGCUAUCACAGGGCGGGGCGAGCCCGGCGCCACUUCCGGCUCGGGGUGUCCGGUGCGGUGGACAGGUGUGGGCGUGGAAAAUCUUUUCCCGUGACCUCCUACAGUGGCCUGCUGUACUCACUGAGGCAGAAGAAGAGCCUUUCAUCACUUACAUCGUGCAUGGACAUGUGAGGAGGAGAGCCUGCUGUUUGACCUGAGUUUAUGGCUACAAGAGAUCAAAGUACAGACUAUUUGCUUUCCAGAAUGUUUGAUGGAUAUGAAGGUGCUGAGGAUGCUGAAGUGUACGAAGAUGAACUUUAUCGUGAGGAAUCAUCCAGUGAGCAGAGCAUUGAUAGUGAGGUGGAAUUUCAUCUCUACAGCCAGAUCCACUAUUCCCAAAACCUUGAAGAAAUCAGCACACUGGAAAUAAAUGAAGAAGCCGAUGUUGUAGGAGGCACAGAUCACAGUGCUCAGCUUUCAGAUGACCCUGAGGUCAUUGUCUUGUCUGAUACCGCAGAUGAAGACAGUGUCUACAAAAUCAAAGCAACAAAGUCAACAAGCUCUUUAGGUUCAGGUAAAAUACAGGCCCCUCCAGGAACUUCCACACCGAGGCAUGAUGAGGCUCCUGGAUACAAUACCAUGUAUCCUACUGGAUCAAGCGAAGACGUUUCAAAGCGAAGCAAAAGCACUAGUGGGAAGCAUACCCCGGUCACUUCUGCUGGACUUCAUGCCACCCAAGACAUCCUGGUAAUAGAUGACAGCUCUGAGGAGGAGAGCUUCGUGUCUGAAAGUGACAAUGUUGAGAGCUGGAUGCUUCUGGGAGCCGACGCGGUUGAUGGAGAUGAUGAUAUCAUGUUGAACCUUGAAGGCUGUGCAACUCCUGUCGGUGAAGGAGAAGCUGGUGUGGACUGGUCCAUCUGUGAUAAAGACUUGGAGGCACAGAUCUCCAACUAUGGAAGCACGCGGCAUUCCAGCCUGCGGUACUACACAGCCAACAAAAACGUCACCUGCAGGAACUGCGACAGACCAGGCCACUUGUCCAAGAACUGCCCUAUGCCAAAGAAAGUCCCCCCCUGUUGCCUGUGUGCAGAAAGAGGUCACUUGCAGAACAACUGCCCAGCACGUUUUUGCCUGAACUGCUGUUUGCCUGGCCACUAUUUCAGGGAGUGCCUCGAGAAAGCCUAUUGGAAUAAGCACUGCAAUCGCUGUGAUAUGAAGGGGCAUUAUGCUGAUGCUUGCCCAGAAAUAUGGAGGCAGUAUCACCUAACAACAAAGCCAGGACCAAUCAAGGCGGCAAGUUCUCACCCUGAGCACUCUGCUUCAGUGUACUGCUACAACUGCUCUCGGAAAGGACAUUUUGGAUAUGAGUGCUCAGAAAAGCGGAUGCAUGGGAGCAUGCUCCCUACUUGUCCAUUCAUCCACUACUAUGAUGAUGAGUAUGAUAUCAAGAGAAGAGCAAAGAGAUUGAAAAGAAAGGCUGCAGAACUGCAGGAAGCUGGCCUGCUUCCAGAACAGCCAGGAAUGCCAUGGCAGGAAGAAAAACAUGGGGAGGACCAACACAGGAAGAAGAGAAAGCCUUGGAAAGAACACAGGAAACACAGCAAAGAUGAUGAGCAUCGCAAAAAGAUGAAGAUGUCCUGGAAGGAGAAACCCAGAAAAUAUAAACACAGGAGUGAUGUUGAAGUCAACCAUGAGAUAGAGGAGGACUUCCCCAGAGGGUGUAAAAGGCAGGCAUGCAAGGGCAGCAAAACCCACCACAAGUCUGUUUACCGCAAGUUCUCAGGCAGCAAGACUCUGUAUAAGCAGGAGCCUCUGGAAGGUGCUAAAGGGAAGAAGAAACAGAAAAAGCAGAGAGAUGCUAGUCCUGAUGUCAAUGAUAAUUUAUUCCUCAUAAAACAGAGGAGGAAGAAGUCGUCCAAACAGAAAUCCUGGUGAUGAGGAAAUAGAUCGGUAGCAUUGACUGGCUUCAUGUCUGCCUUCUGCUUGUUUUUAUCACUCUCUUAGCACACUGAAUUUGAGUCCGUCCCUGGCCCUGGGCAGGCGUGCCCAACCACACAUCCCACAUACCUCUCUGUUCCCAAAGGGGAGCCCUGUCUGUCGUGAGCAGCUCACUUGGCAGGCAUGGCUCCCUGCUUGUGUCGGGGGUGGUUGUGCUUUUCUGCAGUCCCAGAAUGGGCUGUAAUUGUAUUUUCUCUGCUUGGAGGGUGGGUGAUGGGAAAGGGGCCAUGCUGGGUUUCGUAGCUUUUGUUUUGGUGAGGUGUUGCUCUGCCCAUCAGAGCAGGACCUAUUGCUAGGGAGCACAAUGCUUUGGAGCUGAUGCUGGGGAUACUCUUACGAUAGGAGGAGCUGGAAUAGAGACCAGGGACAGGGUUGUGAAGCACAUUCCCUGCAGCCACUCAGUCCUCUCCAGGGCGCAGCUAGGCAGUUCUUCACCUGUGACCCUCCUGAAAGGUGCUGCAGAGGCGCUGGCGCUUUGGGACGUGACAGUCUCCCGCCUUGUGCUCCAAUGCGGUGUGUUGGACCCGUCACCUUCAGUGCCAUGGUUUUCAGUGCUGAGCAGAGUCAAGCUCUGCAUGAGCCCAUUCCCUGUCUUUGCCGACUGGCCAGCAUGCCAGGAAAAAGCAGCUUUGAAAUGGAACAGAGCUUACACCUCGUAUUAAAUACGUCCUUGUUCCCCCUGGUGUGGAGUUUCCUUCUGGAGAAGAGAGAGCAGAGUAUGAAAAAUGUAUUUGAUUCCAGCCACACUGUGCUAAAAUUUAGUAUUUUUUUUAAAGAUAGUUAUUUCUGUACACUGAAGUUGAACAAGUUUGUUGUUUAAAGCUUUUUAAGAGUAAAUGAUUCACCUAAGGAACAACCCAAAUAAAACUUUACAUGGGGAUAUAAAAUAAAAUGGGUUGUUCCACAUAUUCACAUGUUACUGAGCAUAAAUAAAAACAGUGUCUGUUUCUUUUUUCUGGCUGAAACUGCGUCACCUCUGGCAAGAGACUGGGGGUUGAAAAGGGAAUUAUCUGUACUGAUUGGUGACCUAAUCUAUACCAUCCCACUCCUUGUGCCACAGAACUGACAGUCAUCAGCUGCACAAUUCUGUAGCAAUACACAUCGCCUCUUAGCUCUUACUUCGAAAAAGCAGUUGGCUACGGUUGUGCUUUAAAAUUCAGAAGCGUUUGUAACCUAACCUAACCUAACGCAGUGAUAUCUGAGGAGGGGGAAUGGGUGCGCUAGGGACUUCAGGACUACCAUUACUACAUUAGUAUUCCGUGCUGGUACUCCCUGAGUUCAUCAUCGUUUGACUUGGCAAGGUCACGAGUGGGUGUUUCAGUGACUGUCUCACCCUGUCUCAGCGGAUUUUGGAGUAGAGCUGUGCCCAUGUGAUACUUGGGAACCUAAAGCCCAGUUUUGCCUCAUUGGCCACUGAAAGUUAUUUUUGCUUAACUUCAUUAAUUACUUGACUGAAAAGUUCCUGGCGGUAUUGAAAAAGUGAAUCAU